GGGCAAUUUCGAUGGCCGCCCUGCCGGACGCUUGCUUCGCUCUUAUUUCGCGGCUAGCCUCUCCUUGUCUUCAAUGCGGUCGUCGAUUAUCGCAGAUGAACAACUCCAAAACAACAAAGAGUUUGCUCAUGCUCACAAUGACGGGAUAUUAAAUCUCCUUUUCGACUACCGCCGGUCCGAUAGGGGCACUCCACAGCACAACUAUGGUUUUCUCUACGAUCGACUGUUUCUGAACGAGGAGCGUUGUUAAGGCUAUAAGAAAUCCAUCUUCACAUGCAUCCUGGUCCCGUUUUGAAAGGGAAAAGGGGCGCGAGGAUGCUUUUUUAAAAUGGAUUUAUGGUAGGUCUAACGUUGUGAUGUACAACUUGUGGGCGAAAUUGGGGUGGGGCCGUUGCAGGAUAGACCUUCAGUAUAUCAAAUGCAGUCUGCCAUUGCAACCUCUGCCGACGAAAAGGUCACUGCUUCUAGUACAUUCUCUGCCGACGAAAACGCCUCUGCUUCGCAGACAGAGGCCACAGUUAAAAAGGUCUCUGCUUCUCAGAAAGCCGGAAAAAGCGGAGAGGUGUCUUCAGUUACGGACAGAAACACUCAGAAGACAACGCAGGAUUAG